GACAGUCAUCAGAAUAUUGAAGGGCUGCUAAAAAUGACAGAAUAUAAGCUUGUCGUUGUUGGAGCUGGUGGCGUAGGCAAGAGCGCCUUGACAAUUCAGCUAAUUCAGAAUCAUUUUGUGGAUGAAUAUGAUCCUACAAUAGAGGAUUCAUACAGGAAACAAGUAGUAAUUGAUGGAGAAACCUGUCUCUUGGAUAUUCUUGACACAGCAGGUCAAGAAGAGUACAGCGCAAUGAGGGACCAAUACAUGAGAACAGGGGAGGGUUUUCUAUGUGUAUUUGCCAUAAAUAAUACAAAAUCAUUUGAAGAUAUCCAUCAUUAUAGGGAGCAGAUAAAAAGAGUUAAAGAUUCUGAAGAUGUCCCUAUGGUGCUAGUAGGAAACAAAUGUGAUUUACCUUCCAGAACGGUAGAUACAAAACAAGCUCAGGACUUAGCAAGAAGUUAUGGAAUUCCUUUCAUUGAAACAUCAGCAAAGACAAGACAGGGUGUCGAUGAUGCCUUCUAUACAUUAGUUCGAGAAAUUCGAAAACACAAAGAGAAGAUGAGCAAAGAUGGUAAAAAGAAGAAAAAGAAGACAAAGACAAAGUGUAUAAUUAUACUGACUGCAAUAUUGAGAGACCAGAAGCCUUUUAUAGUCUUCCUGUAGAUUCUGCUUUUAGGCAUCUAGUCUUGUAGCAUUUCAGAUCAACUUUAAUGAAUGUAAAGAAAUAACUUUCACAAAGUUUUUCACUGCAAUUUGUCAUGGUCAUUCUUUAAAUGCUAUAUUUUUUCUAGAAAAAAAAAAUUAAAAAAAGACAACAAUGCACAUCUGGCAAUGGAAAAAGUAAAAGUUCUGAUUAGAUUGAGUUGCUUUGGUAAUGCAUUGCUUUAAGACUUCCACUAAAUUUUUGUUUUUUGGAAGACCUAGGGUGAAGUCCUGCCUCCUCUGAAGCUGGUGGAAAACCUCAAAGUAGCUUCAAUUGGUCCAAGAUCUUGCCUUUAGUCUCUCUAACAAGUAUGAGAGCGCCUUAACAGAUUAGUUAAUUCAGUCUCUUAUUUAAUUCAUAUAUGGAUUCCAAGUUUAUCCAAUAAUGAGGUCAAGACCUCUUGGCCGUAUGGGUGUCAAUUCUUCCCCUCCUUCCCUUGUGACAUUAAAUAUUUCCAAAUGCCUAUUUUGUAUAUAAUAGGAGGCAUUUUAAAUUCUAGUGUAACCUCUUUAGUUUCAGUAAUUGAAUAAGCUUGUAUUCGGCUGCUUCAUGCAAAUUAUUUGAAAAUCCAUUGUGCCAUAAAAAUGAUGAUAUGGAAUUUGCACAGAAUUCAGUAGACAUAGUUGAGAUCAUGGUUUCCAGAAUCAGUGUCAUUUUGUGUGAUUCUUGUGAAGUGUUAAUCCCCCUACCCCUCUGAUAAAGUUGGUUAGUGACAUAAAAAUGUCAGGGUUGUUUCACAGCCAGGUUUGUCAAUGUUGUCUUAUGAUUUCUGGGUUGGAAUUGAUUCAUUAUUUUGAAGUUUUAAAUGGUAGUACUGCAGUAGUUUGAAUUAUCAGCACUGAAGUAAGUCAGUAAUUCUAGUGUUGUCUAUUCUUGUAAUUUUGUGAGUCUUGUAGUAUAUGACUUUUUUUUUUUUAAACCCCAGCUCCUGGAUCUGUAAGUUUACAUGAGAAUCUCAGCUUCCUUUUUUUUGUUGUUUGCUUUUUAAGUGAGCAUUUAGCCAUUGUUACAAAGUAAGGAUUGAAAACAUAAUCCCCCCCAGUGUAUUUUAAAGGAUAAAUAAGAUUAGAUAAAUACGAAACCAUUAUUCUUUAAAGCCUUGUGAUGUUUUGGGAAGCCUGAUUUUUGAAUUCUGAAAGCUCAGAAUAGGGAAAAGCAGUAUCGUGUAUCCUAAGUUUUAUAUCCAAACUUUUAAUUGGAGUUUAUAUACCGAGUUGAUAGAGUAGGAUUUUAAUGCACCAGUGUAACUUGAAGCCACGUGUAUGUGUAUGCAGGAUUACCUUUUUAUUCCUACCCACAGAGCAGAGGUGGUCACAUUUGAAGGAAUUAAAAAGUAUACUAAAUGGAUAGCUCUUAAAGUUGGCUGAGGAAGUAAUGAGUCUACUACCUUUAAUAGCCUUUAAGAUUUGGGCCUGGGAAAGAAGGUAAAAUUCUUUGGACGUAGGUAAUGCUACCCUUCGUACUGCUUACAAUACUGAAAGAUGAUCAUAGGAGAACCUAAGCUUAUAUUCUAAAUAGAACCAAUAAGAAAUGAGAACAAAUACCUAUAGAUGUUUUAAGCUUCUUUUAUUAAUUAUUUCUAAGGUUAAAACAUAUUGAAGUUGAGAGUUGUGUUGGUUGUCUUCCCAUAUUUUAGAUGCUAAUUAUCAAUGUAUUUUGAAUAAUGUAGCAGAAGUGGAUGGUGUUAACAAAUACAUGAAAUGAAAUCUAAAGACUCAUGAUUUGUAACUGAGUCACACUGCAUGCAAACUUGGGGCUUGUCUAAACAGUUCAUGCACUGGCUUAACUAAAUCCCUAGAAAACUAUUGUAGACUUCUGUGGAUGUAGUUUUCUCAAUAUAAAGGUAUACAGUAGGGCUUUGUGAAGCUUCAGUGGCUGAUUCGAUUUGACGGAGAUUUGGCCUGAUUCGGUGGCUGAAUCUCCAAAUCCAAAUUGAAUCAGGAGACCCUUUAAUCUCUCCGAAUCUAAUUGGAACCCUCCGAAUCAAUUCAGAGAGAUUCAGAAAGAUUCAACAAAUUGAACAUAGGUACAGCUUUAAAUGUUUUUUCUACAUACCUCAAGGUACCGGGCGGCUCAUGAAUGCUGAGAUGCUGGGGCAGAUGGAAAGUCCCACUGGAGCACAGGUAGGGGUGGGUCCCCAGCAGUACUUCCAGUCCACUUCCAGGUCUGCCGGGGAGCACGCUGGCUUCCUCCCCCCCGCCCCCUUUAUGGCUCAGUGACUGGUACCUCCUGGGUCUGGCAGGGCACCCGGGGUCCCCCCAUGCUUCUGUGGGAUACUCCACCCACCCCACCAUUUAAGCGUUCGCAAGCUGUGCUUGGUACCUCGAGGUAUGUAGAAAAACAUUUAAAGCUGUGUCUAUGGCUGAUUCGCUGAAUCAGCAUCGAAUCUUCAGAAUCGACUAAUUGAAUCAUUGUCCCCAGUUCGGGCUGAAUCCAAAUUGAAUAUGACCCGUUUCGCACACCCCUAAUAUACAGCUUAUUUUAUCUGGUUUAUUCUGUAAACUAUCAAUUUUGUUAAAUUUGAUACAGAAAUGGUUUAGAACAAGUCCUUUUGUGAUUUUUCACAAAACACUUGUCCUUGCCACUGUUGUGCAGUUUUGUCCUAAUUGUAGAGAUUUGGUGAAGCAUGUUGGAUUGUAGCUUGCACAAUUUCAUCUCUUAUUCUGAUGUCUUUUCCUAUUUGAAAUGCUUUCAGAAACAUCCAGAUACUUUUUCUGAUGGUAAUUACAAAAUGAACACGCAAUGACACUUACUACAUUAAUACACUAGAUUUCCAUGUGUCAAGGAAUAAUGCCUUAUAGUAGCUUUGUGUAACUUGAUAGACAAUCCGUAUAAAAAGGUUGUCAUUUAUCUCAGAAGUGAAAAUUGUUUUUGUUUGUUUUAAAAAACACAAUAAGGACCAGCACAAUAGUCCUUGAGUGACUUAAUGAGAAAUUUAACAGUCCAGCAUGCAGUACAGCAAUAUUGUUUUUUUCCUAUAUGUAAAUACUGUUAUGUAAACUUCAUAUCUUUUGUUUGUCCUGUGAAGCAAUGCAGCUGUUACUUUCAAAGGACACCAAGCUGUAAGCAAGUCAGGGUUUUUUUUAUUUGUUUGUUUAGGGUUUUUUUUUGUUAAUUCUACAUAAAGCUACAUAAGCAUUGAAUCUUUCCUAACUAACAUUUCUUAAUUCCACUGUCUUGUGUUUUCAUGUUGAAAAUACUUCUGCUUUUUCCUCUCCAGUGCCAACUUCUUACUAGAACAAUUUCUUAAUGUAAUAUGUUUACCUGGAAUGUAUUUUAACUAUUUUUGUAUAGUGUAAACUGAAACAUGCACAUAUUUGUACAUUGUGCUUUUUGAUGUGGAACAUAUGCAGUGUGAUCCUUUUACAUCAUUUGGCUGUGUGACCAAGGAAUGUUGGUCAUACCAGAUAUUACAUUUUUUUAAAAAUGACCACUGUUUAAACUUUUUAAUGUUGUUUUAUAGGAGUAUGUGCUGUGGGGUGAUCUGGAAUUUGUCAUUUUUGUCAAACUGUACUGCUCCUAUUAAUUGUAAUGUAAUAAAAGAUAGUUAUUGUGA